UUAUUUUGGCACACGGUUUUGACUUGUCAAAAAAACAAAAAACAAAAGAAGAAGUUUUGAAGAUAUAUUCGGGCAUGGAACACACAUAAAAAUAAAAAUUAAUAUAUACGGACAAUAUACAAGGAAAAUAGCUAGGGUUUUUGCGUAACUUGAAAGCUCAACGGUUCUUCCUUUCAAUCAUGGGUUCUGUAUGCAAGGAUGAGAGGGAGGAAGUGAUUCAGGCGUGGUACAUGGACGAUAGUAACGAAGAUCAAAGGCUUCCACAUCAUAAGGAUCCGAAAGAAUUCGUAUCCCUCGACAAACUUGCAGAGCUCGGGGUACUUAGCUGGCGGUUGGAUGCUGAUAACUAUGAAACAGAUGAAGAGUUGAAGAAGAUUCGUGAAUCACGUGGAUACUCUUACAUGGACUUCUGCGAGGUUUGCCCUGAGAAGUUGCCGAAUUAUGAAGAAAAGAUUAAAAGCUUUUUCGAAGAGCAUCUUCAUACUGAUGAGGAAAUUCGCUACAUUGUUGCUGGAAGUGGGUACUUUGAUGUGAGAGAUCGUAAUGAAGCGUGGAUACGUGUUUGGCUGAAGAAAGGGGGCAUGAUUGUACUUCCAGCUGGUAUUUAUCAUCGCUUCACUCUUGAUUCAGACAACUACAUUAAGGCCAUGCGGCUCUUUGUUGGUGAGCCGGUUUGGACUCCUUAUAAUCGACCACACGAUCACUUGCCUGCAAGGAAGGAAUAUCUUGAAGCAUUUGUGGACAAGAAGGAUGUUGCUGUUGCUUGAGUCAUUACUGGAAUAUGUUGAAGCAUUUGGAAGUAUAAUAAUGAUAACAAUAAUGAGCAGUUUGGUUUUGUACUGCUGUAUCUUAAGAAUGUAUGUUGUGUUUGUGCUAAAAUACCAAAAAACAUAUAAAAACACUUGUGCUUAAUGAUUGUAGUAUUAUUUACCUCUUCAAGUUUGUAUAAAUUUUAAGCCAAGGAUUUGUGAAA